CGGGAAGGGGGGUUGUGAUGGCUUGAGGGGGCAAUGCAUGUGGCGUGGUUCAGCACCGGUCUGUCGCUUCAGCACUGGUCUUGCUGUGCCACCUGCUUUGCCUUUGUCUAUGUACGGUGAGCAACGCUCCAUGCCCGCCACCAUCGGGCGGCAUACCAGGGGGCGUGAUGCAUGGCUAAGGAAAAGAAAGAGGGGACCAACAAAACAAGGCUCAAUGAGACAUCCUUGGCCAUUUGCGAGGGUUACCACAGACCUGUGUUCAGGAGAAACGGGUCUCGAACAGGAGAAGAAUACAACUCGAUUUAAGCUCGGUCGGUGUGAUACAAGUUUCUGACCUAUUUAGAUCCAAUCCGAAUAUACGCUGAAUAC